AUGAACCCUCAGCAUUACGCGACGUACGAUCAUUUACAGCAGCAGCAACAGCAGCAGGUUUAUGCACAGGAAAAUAUGAGAGCGACUACGAGACAGAGCGGUAUCAAUACGCCAGUAAACGACAGUAUCAUCCCUCCUCUGGAUAGAUGGACACCGCCUUCGCAUCAAGAGCUACAGCUGUACGACCAAUUGUUUACGUAUACAGCCGACCAGCAUCGUAAUCGUAUUGGUGGUCACCAAGCCGUUGCCUUUUUUAUGCGCUCGCAUUUGGACAAAACCGUGUUGCGCGAGAUAUGGACAAUUGCGGAUUGUCACCAAACGAGCAACUUAUCACGGCAUGAAUUUUAUGUAGCCAUGAGACUUAUUAGUAUGGCACAACAUGGCGAGCACGUCUCCGUGUCGAGAUUCUACCAAUUAGCAGCACUGUCAUACCCUUUAGCAAAGAUAGAAGGGGUGUCCUGUUUUCACGAAAUGGAUCCGACAUUAAUACAAAUGCCAAGUCAAACUCAAGACAUGUCAGUGUCAAGUCAAGCUCAUACUCAGCAAGAUGUUAAUGCUGUGCAGCAUCAAAAGCCAUUGAGUUAUGCACUUUCAGCAGCUGAAAAGAGCAAAUAUGAGCUUGUUUUUCAUCAAUAUGAUACCGAUCAUGAUGGAUUUCUAAUGGGAACUGAAGCCGUAGCUUUGUUUCAAAUGUCGGGUCUUGGUCGCAAUAUAUUACGAGAGAUUUGGUCAAUGGCUGAUGUGACACAGGAUAGCAAGUUAAAUAUUCAAGAGUUUUACGUGGCGAUGCACCUGAUUGUUUGUCUGAGCAAACGUGGACUACCGAUGCCACCUACAUUACCUCGUGAACUUGGAGAGGCCGCUUUCGGUGCAAGUGGAACUGGCCCAGCUGUAUCUGGGUUUGGAUCUCGCGUGACAGAAUCUCCGUCCCAGAACGGGCUUGGACGACAGCAGCAAGAGAGCGUGCCACUUCCUGAGCCCGAGGGGAUGUCUGCUUUUGACGCCUUGUCUACCACCGAUGACGCACCUCUACUAAGUUUGCAAUCGUCGACUCCACGUUCUUUGCAAGAGGACUCUUUCAACCCCACCGAUGAUCAUACGAGGAACAGCCAAAUGAGAGGCGGUAAUGAGCCUUUGGUUGUUAUUCCUACUGAUAGUGACAAACCGCAUGGUUCUAACAGUUUUCCAACAUCACGGACCACAAGUGCUGUCGGCAGAGACCGUACAAACUCGGCAUCGUCAUUGCGUUCAAUGUCUAGCGUCGGUGGAUUGACGCCGCUUCCUUCUCAGCAAUCAACGCAUCAGCUUCCUCCUCGCAAUGUGGGUAGUAACGAGCGUGUUCUGAAGCAAGCUGAUAAACUGGGUUUUCAGGCAUGUCCUGCGCUCGGUGGAAUGGGCUUUGGUGAACUCCAACCGCCUGUCACUUCGUUGGAGAAACCUUUUAUGAGUGACGAAGAGGACAAGAAGCUAGUGAGUAAGCUUGACCAGCAGAACGAAGAGGUCACUCAGGCUCUUGCCUGUGUGGAGCGCAAUCAAUCCACGAUCGAAAUGGUUUCGAAAAAGUUACGCGAUCUUGAUGAGCUGCGUCAGGAACUCGUGACUCUUGUAAUGAAGCGGGAGAACAUGCGUGUAGCAUCUGCCUGUAAGUCUGAAUCACGUGACACCUUUGCAGAAGAACAAACAAGGCAAGCUGUAGAGCGGAGCCUUCGAAGCCUAUUGGAGAAUCAAAAGCGAUUGGUUCAUCAGCUACAACAUGACAUCUCUCGGUAUGAAGGUGAACUGGAAGAGGCCAUACUAAACGCGAAGCUCCAGCACAAGUUGUCACUAGGAUCACGAUCCCCACUGAUUGACGCAGCAACGACACCGUUGUCGGGACACGAUUCCUCAAGAGGUGCGGGUGGCGGGACUACUGCUUGCACCGGCAACCCUCUCGUUCUUGACGGGUCCAAUACUUUGCCGUCGUCUGCGGCGAUCCCCAAUUCGUCUUCUAUAUCCGCGUUUUCACCUGAUGCGACUGACAGCAGCGGAUUCAACGCAUUUAGUAAUUUUGACUCGGCACCUCGAUCACUUGCAAGCGCUACGCCUUCACCAGCAGCAGGUUCAGCUCAGAUUCCGUCAGGCUCUUUAUUUUCUCCGACUCCAUCUCCUUCACAGAGCGCUAGUGAAAACGAUACGUUCGACGUUUUUGGGAGUUUUGCUGCUUCGACAUCCACUGGCGUUGUCCCAUCAGUACUAUCUGAUGUUGGCAGCACCCCAGGAAAGUUACCAAUUUCUCCAUCUUCCUCGCCUGCCGCAGCGAACGAUAGCGUUGACUUCGGUGAUUUCAAUGCGGCGAGGCCACUCGCUGCUGCUGAUGCCGGUGUUUCACCCUCUUCACCAGCAGCGCCUUAUACGACUUCACCGAUUUCGCCAUCGUCAGUGCCUGCUGCGGUUGAUGAUGGUGGUUUAUCCGGCUUUGGCGAUUUCACAUCGGGUUUCUCCUCGUUGCCUGCUGCGGUUGAUGAUGAUGGCUUGUCCGGCUUUGGUGAUUUUGAAGCCGUUCCCUUCAUGCCUGCUGCGGUAGCUGCCAGCAGCAGCACUGACUUCAGCUGGGAGUCAACUCCUUCCAAUUUUACGGCUCCUGUAACCUCGUCCACGCCUGGACAUGAAAGCUUGCCGUUGUCAGCUGCGUCUGAAAUGCCAGUAUUUGAUGCUAUUGCUACUGCGCCAUUUUCAAGUGAUGACACUACAACAUCAGGAAGUACAACUGUUGCCACCGAGAUUUUAAUCUUAUCUCCGGUUGCUGCAGACAACGACGAACUGAACGCGUUUGAUGAUUUCAGUGUUGCUGCAGUGUCCACAGAUAAUGCGGUAAAAUCCUGUGAGCUGGUAUCAAAGCAAGAAUCUACUGAGGACUUGCUGUUUUCACCGACGCCUUCUCCUGUCGCUGCGACAGAGACUACCAAUUUUGAUAUGUUUGGCGACAUCAGUGCUCCUCCUACAUCGAAUGGCAGCGCAGUACCAGUACAUGCGUCGGAGAAGGCCACUGGCAACUCGCCAUUCUCCUCGGUCGCUGCAGACGGCGAUGACUUUAAUAAUUUUGGUGACUUCAACGCAGCUCCAGCUUCAGCAGACAGCACUGCUCCGUUGCCAGCAAAGGCUUCCAGCAAUUCCCCAUUCUCGUCCGUAGCCGAGGAUGAGACUGCAUUCGGCUUUGGAGGUUUUAACGCCGCCCCAGCCUCGACAGAUGCCGUUGCAACACCAUUUGAACCAUUGGAAACGAAGGCUAGCAAUGGAAAUUUAUCGUCAUUUCCACUUGUAGCUGACAGCUGUGAAUUCAGGGACGUUUGCGAUCCCUUCAACUCUGUCUUCGUGACAGUCGACAGCACGAAGUCUGCAGAAUGGACAGUGUCAAAUCAGCAGCAAAAGAAGACAAGUGACAUCAAUGAUAGUUUGAAGGUGCUCGAAGACCUCAGUGCUGCUCCUUCAUCCAACGACUUUGACAGCUCGUAA